GCAGUGAGCACGUUGUCUAGACACGUGAAUUAACACACAGUCGCUCACUCUCACGUUGUCGUCGCUGCUUCUCACGUUCAAUUCCUUAGCUUCGACAGCAAUCUGCAUCUUUCUAGUGGAAAAUACUCAGACCGCGCGUCAUUCAUACAUUCGGCUGUUUGUACUUCCAGUUUAAUUUUGUAUUGAAUACUACAGUAAAUUUUCUCUGAGCCCGCCAAAGUUCGGCUCAGAUUCAUAUUCGCUAGGCUUGUUUAGGAAGUUUUGGAAAUUAAAAUAAACGUUACCUAGAAAACGUUAAUACAUGAAAUAAUAUUAAUAGUAUAUUUUUCAUGGGUACUAUGAUGACGUUUUCUAUCGGAUUAAUGUUAACAAUCAUUGGCAUCAGAUUGUUUCCAAUAAAAAACUUGAAUUUAUAAUAAUUAUAUUAUACUACAAUAAUAGCAUACCGUACUGAACUUCAAGUACUGCUUUAUAUAUGCAGUCGUGCAUUGAUAAACAACGCUUCAAUUGAUGUCACCAUCUACUAAAAAUUUGAAGAGAGCAACAAUAUCAUACUCUCAGUCUCUACCGACUGUCAUAUAAUGAGUGUUCUUACAUCUGAGGCUAGGCCUGGAUCACCAAUGGAGACUAAAGACUGCGAAAGGUCCGAUAUGGACGACACUGUGACUCAUAAUACGAAGGCUUCUGAUUCUGGUUAUUCCAACAGUUGCAGUAACAACAGCCAGUCCCAGAGAAGUGGGAGCUCGAAAUCCAGAACUAGUGGGAGCUCUAGUGGUAGCAGUGGAUACAGUGGACACCCUCCAAGUGCUGGCAACAGUCAUGAAUCUUCCUUCCAACGACCAUCCGCUACAAAGAGAAAGGACCAUAAGAAAAAGAAACUGAAAGUACUAUCAGCAGAGCUGAUUAAUGAUAAUGAUGGUGUUGCGGCUAGUUGCCCAACAAACAGUAUGGAGUCUAUAGCAUUGAAGUCACCCACCAGCAGUAAUAUGGGACUAGAAUCUGCAAUUCUAACGAGUAGCACCAUUCAGAAUAAUGAAAUAGAGAGUCAUCAAAUGAACUCUUUAUCUCUCAACCCAAUGGGCCACGACCACAUGAAGAAAUUGAAGGGCGCUGAAGUCAAUGCGGUAGAAAAUUUCGAAGAAGCUGCAUCAGCACCAAAUACCAAAGAACCUAAGGCCCCAUCUUUGAGGUUACUCGAAGAUUUAAGGAUAGCUCACCCAAAAGAACAAUUCAUGGUAGUCGUUUCUAUGCAAGAAGGCUCUGUUCUGUACACCACAUCAAAUAUGACGAAUGUUCUGGGUUAUCCGAAAGACAUGUGGAUGGGAAGAUCGUUGUUUGACUUCAUUCAUCCCAAAGACAGAGACGCUCUCAACAAGUACAUCACUUCCUGUAUUGCUGGGCCUCUCGGCAACCGCCACAGUCAAAAAGACGUGCAUGCCAGCUCGAGUGGUGGUGUUAGCAAACAGUCGGUCAACACGUUCCACUGCUGCCUGCGCCAGUACCGCGGCCUCAAGUCGUCCGGCUUCAGUGUCAUCGAGAAGAAGGUCGACUAUCUGCCCUGCAAGAUCAGCUUCUUCUUCCACGAGCUCAACCAUAACAAGCUGGCUUCGUGCACCUCCGCCUCCGCCUCCGCCGCCCCUGGCGCCAAUGGGCCGAACAAGGCCCCGGCCGCCGCCCCCACCGAUGGCAUCUGUGACACGCUGCUCAUUGCCAACGCCAGCCUCAUACAUUCUGCUUAUCUAGAUGCGGAUGAGGAGUGCUGCUCGCCGACGUUCGUGACUCAGCACUCGACGUCGAUGUGCCUGACGCAUGUCGACAACCAAGUGAUUCCCUACUUGGGUUACAUGCCGCACGACAUGGUCGGCAGAUCAGUAUUCGACUUUUACCAUCCAGACGAUUUGCCUUAUUUGAAAGAAGUAUACAAAAAUGUGCUGAAGGAUAAGAGCCAGCCCUAUCGUGGCGGCAAGCCCUAUCGUUUUCGAACGCAGAAUGGAACUUAUGCUCUUGUUGAGACCGAUUGGUGUGGCUUUGUCAAUCCGUGGACAAAAAAACUCGAAUUUAUUAUCGGACAACAUCGCAUCGUUAAGGGUCCACCACAACCAGAUGUUACAAAAGUAGUAGAGCAGGACUGCUCUUCUAUGUCUGAGGAGGUUGUCAAGCAAAGUAAUGAAAUAAGGGAGGAGAUCGUGAAAAUAUUGAAUGAUACUGAAACAUCUACAGAUGAGGCCAAAAUGAAAAUAAGUAAAUGUGGUAAGGAAAUUAUCACUUACAUGGAAAAGUUCUUCGAUGAAGAGAAAACUUCACAAUGCAAAUCGUUGCCUUUAUCAUUCUUCUUGUCUUUUUCACAAGACAGAGAUUCAGUGAUGCUGGGAGAGAUUUCUCCUCAUCACGAGUACUGUGAUAGCAAAUCAUCCUCUGAAACACCUCCUAGCUACAAUCAACUCAACUAUAAUGAUAAUAUAGAAAGGUUCUUCGAGAGCAAACCGAAGACAACUAGGUCGAACGAAUCCAACGGCCAGAACAGCACAGAGCGCAAUACGCCACCAGAGAGCAAUGGCGAAGAAGAGGGGGGGAAACUGUCACCUACUGAAGAAAUGAAUUGCAGCAGGAACAGCUGCCUAAAUAACGGAAGUGGGGGCAGUAGUGACUUGAGUUUUGGCAGCACUGGCAACGUUGAAAACUCAAGCAACGAAAAUGAGAAUAACUCUGGUGAAAACGGUUCUUAUCGGACGCCACAUCUCACCGAGGAAUUAUUAUACAGACACAAUGAGAACAUGGAGAAGAAAAUGGUGGAGAAACAUAGAGAGAGAAGCAAAACUGAUAGAGAACUGAAACUAAAGGAUAGUCGGCUGAAGAAAAGCUACGAGAAGCUCAUGGAAGCACAAGGCAGUCACGGCGUGAAACGGAGCGGCUCCCACUCGUGGGAAGGCGAGCCGUACAAGGCGAUGAAGCAGACAUGCACUGAGCAGCCGUCAACCACCGCCAUCUACUACCCGGGAGAGAGCACCUCGGCCGCCACCACCACCCCCACCCCUGUCUCCGUUACCACCAACGUCAACCUGUGGCCGCCCUUCUCUGUCACCGUCACACCCAUGCACAGCACUGCCGCCUGUCAGUCACACCUAAAUUACACAACCAAUCUCUCCAACCCAAUGAUGCCGUUCUAUUACAUACAACCUGAAAUGCCAUCAAAUGUUGCAAACCCCCCAAAUCAGUCGAAGGGAUCCUUACCAUCCUACAUUCAUACGCCCUCGCCCUACGUUUCUAGUCAAGUGCAAUACCUGGGAAGCAUGAUGUACCACCCGAUCGCGAUGCCCAUGUUUGGAGCCGCACCCCUCAUGUUCUCUCCCCUGACCAUGUUGCCUGCACCCCUCGUGCCCACGCAGCCCAUGAAGCCGCAGCCCAAAACAAACAAACCACCUUCCAAUCAUCAGUCGAUUCCGCCUUGCACCAAGCCAAUACAAAGACCUUCAUCUCAAGCCACCUCGGCCAAAGCGGAACCAGGCUCAGCUUUGUGCAGUAUCACAUCAAAUUCGCUCCAACAGGCUCUCUCGGAUAUGUCAAGACGAGAAAUGAAGUCGAUGUGCAAUUCAUCGGCAAGUUUAAUGUCUCACGAUUCAUCGGCUUCAAUGCAGAAGAAAGUUGGUCUGCAUAAUAAUUCCAAUCUUCAUGAGAACACACAUAACGACUCUAGCAGCUACUACAGUUCGUUCUAUUCGUACAUGAAGACCGAUGAGAAAUCUGACGAGAGUAUGAAAAGUUUAACUGAAAACGAGAGUUCAAGUGAUGCCAAUAAUGAUGGUAAACAAGAGAGUGUCUGGAAGAGAGCUUUUGCAAAUAUUGAUUGCAAUACUUCAGAGGAACAGAUGGACAGACAUACUAGGAAGGUAAUCACGAAUGCAGUUAAUGAACGAAAACGAAGUUACAAAAUGAUGUCACAAAAUGAUGAACUCCAUGAGAAAUUUGAACCGCCUUGGUCGAGAGAUGUCGCCCUGACUCCAGAUAUCAUCUUCAAGUAUCAAGUCAGUGACCAUGUCCUGGCUGAAGUAUUGGAGAAUGACCUGAAAAUCCUCGCAGAAAUAAACCAGCCAUUGAUGGUUAAUGAGCAGCUUUGCCAGCUUUAUUUAGACUUGGACUCUUUCAGUCAGAAUGACUGCUCUCUGGAAACCAGCUUGGGAUUCACCUCGUCUAGUGGAUCUAGUGCUGAGGGCGAAGAAAGCUCUGCUGCCAAGUUGAAGAAGAAGAAAAAACGUAUAACAAAUUACGAUAAAAUGGGAAUGAUGUUUGAAGAGAAUGCCCCCAUGCCUCCUCCUUUACAAACCAGUCAACUGUCUCCCAUGACAAGUUCCUGUACAACUGCAGCGUAGAGUCAAGUGGCUAUGAUAUACAGUGUUAUGAUUGUAAACUAUCAAAGUGAUGGGAAUUAUGUGCUUUAUUAAUGGACUUAUGCAAAACCGUUGCGUGUUCACUAGAGUUUCUUCUAAUGCACAAUUUGCAAGCUAUUGUUGUCCAGUGAUGCCUCUACUUGAUUAUAGCGAAUUUAAUCACGUGUUGCUUCAAUUAAAAUAAUUAUAUUACUACUAUUGUGCAUAUCAAUUGAAGAAGAUAAAUAUUUAUAUUUGUUAAUUAUUUUUAAAUUUAUUCUUGUUAUUUAUACAUUUACAUUUUGAGUAUAUUAGUAAAAAGGUAUUAGUGUGCAUGAUAUUUUUCUUGUAGUUGCUAAGCACAACCACAAUAUAUAAUUCAGUAAAUACAGUUUACAAUU